CGACCGGCGCCCAAUACCGGAGUCUAUGCGCGCGUAUGCACGGCGGAGCUCAAAUGCAAGAACAACUAUAAGAAUGCGUCGAGGUUGAUCAAUAGUUGCCUGGGCUUGCAGAUCGUUGUGGCGGCGGCGUUGACGGCUUUGGGAGCGGCGGAUGGAAGUCGGAGUGCGAUUACGGUGUUUGGUGCCAUCAACACCAUCAUCGCGGGAUUUCUCACCUAUCUCAAAGGUUCCGGUCUGCCGAAUCGUCUGCGCUACUAUCAACACGAAUGGUCCAUCGUCCGGGAGUACAUCGAACAACGCGAACGGGAUCUCAGCUGCGGGCAAGCAUUCGACGUCAUGGCCGAAGUCGCCUUGAUCAGACAGAUGUUCGAGUCCGUCAAGACCGACGUGGAAUCCAGUCAG